AUGGCGCCUAGCAACCAACUAUUUACUUUGCGUUCAAUUCUUGAGAAAGAUAAGUUGAAUGGAACAAACUAUGCGGAUUGGAUCCGCAACCUAAGAAUUGUUCUCAGGGCUGAGAAAAAGGAAGAUAUUCUAGACACCCCAUUACCAGAUGAGCCUGCUGAUAAUGCACCUGCUGCAGAGAAAACCACUUACAAGAAAGCAUGUGAUGCUGAUCUUGAAGUAAGUUGCCUUAUGCUUGCUUGUAUGGAACCAGAUCUGCAGAUGCAGUUUGACAAUAAUCAUGCAGCUUACGAUAUGAUCGUGGCGCUCGAUGAUAUGUUCCAGACUCAAGCCAGGACUAAAAGGUUCAAUGUCUCAAAGGCUUUUGUAGAGAACAAGCUAGCAGAGGGCGCAGCAGUUGGGCCACAUGUGAUCAAAAUGGUUGGUUACACUCAGAGGUUGGAGAAGCUGGGCUUCCCAAUUGGCCAAGAGUUGGCUACUAAUUUUAUUCUCGCGUCUCUUCCGCCCAGCUACGGGAAUUUCAUCUCGAACUACCAUAUGCAUGGGGAGGAGAAGGGCUUGAAUGAAUUAUGUGGCAUGCUUAAAACAGCAGAGACUGAUAUAAAGAAAGGUGCUAGAAGUAGUCAUGUGAUGGUUGUCCAAAACAAGCCUAAAUUUAAAAGGAAGGGCGAUUCUUGGAAGAAGAAAAAGGGCAAGGCUAAAGAUGAGAUCUCUAAGCCAAACCCAUCUGCGCCCAAGGCUGGACCAGCUCUGAUGCUGAGUACUUUCAUUGUCAUGGGAAAGGGAAUGAUAAGAAGUAGAAGCGUGGAAAAGGGAGAAGUUGAUUUCCACGUGGGCAAUAAUGCAAGAGUUGUUGCGUUGAACGUUGGGACGAUGCAACUACAAACCCCAUCAGGAUUUAUUAUGGAGUUGAAUAAUUGUUAUUUUGUUCCUAGUUUAAGUCAAAACAUUGUGUCACCUUCAUGUUUGAUGAAGAAUGGUUAUUCAUUUGCGAGUAAAGACAAUGGUUGUGUUAUCUCUAAAAAUGGUCAUAUAAGUGAGAAUCGCAUGAAGAGGCUCCAUUCUGAUGGGCUUUUAACUUCGUUUGAUUUUAAAUCAUACGAGACACGUGAGGCUUGCCUGCUGGGCAAGAUGACCAAGAUGCCUUUUACAGAUAAACUAACACCCAAGUCGGACAAAUGCUUUUUCAUGGGAUAUCCGAAGGAAACUUUAGGGUAUUACUUCUACAACCGAUCAGAGGGCAAAGUGUUUGUUGCUCGGAACGGUGUUUUCUUAGAGAAAGAGUUUCUUAAAAGAGAGAAAAGUGGACAGAAGGUGUAUCUUGAAGAAGUUCAAGAUGAGCCAGUUGGGAAGGACUCUACGAGUGAUGCUAAUGUAGUAGAACAAGUUGAGAUACCCGUGGCAAUAGAAACACCACCGCAACCACGAAGGUCAGCAAGAAUCCAUGAGUUGCGUGGGGAUUUGUUAUUGUUAGACGAUGACGAACCUACGACUUAUGUAGAAGCAAUGAUGGACCCAGAUUCCGAGAAAUGGCAAAGUGAGGAGGAGCUCAUUGUAAAUGGUUACACCGAUGCUAGCUUCCAAAUUGACACGGAUGAUUCACAGUCUCAAUCAGGUUUUGUGUUCACAAUAAAUGGUGGUGCAGUAAGUUGGAAAAGCUCCAAGCAGGAGACGGUGACCGAUUCUACAACAGAAGCCGAGUACAUCGCAGCUUCUGAAUCUACAAAGGAAGGUGUUUGGAUGAGCAGGUUUCUCAUUGAUCUUGGUGUGUUUCCAAAUGCGUCCAGCCCAUUGAAUCUACAUUGUGACAACAAUGGGGCAAUUGCGCAGGCUAAGGAGCCAAGGAAUCACCAAAAGAACAAACAUGUACUGCGGAAAUUUCACCUUAUUCGAGAAUUCAAUAGAAGAGGUGAGAUCAAAAUGUGCAAAAUACACACGGAUUUGAAUGUUGCAGAUCCUUUGACAAAGGCCCUUCCACAGCCUAAGCAUGAGGCGCACAUGAGAGCUAUGGGUAUUAGAUAUCUUUGA